UCAUCGUUCACAUACGACUCAACCAUACCGAGACCAAACAAGACAUUUCCUCAAAGGCCAAUCUCAUCACUAUCCAUAACAAUCAUGUCUGCUCAUCGUCCAGCGUACAAGCGCAAGGCGGCCACGCUUGUAGCACGACAGGCCCAAACCACACCUGCAUCUCAGGCUCAAAGCAGUUUCCCAGUCCCCACCAACCGUGUAGACCUCUCGUCGGCCUUUGAGGGCCCGUCAACAUGUUCUCAAAACCUCCUGACGAUGCUCCCGCCGCCAUCGUACCAGAUUUGGAUCAACGAACCGGUCCCAGCUGCAAACCAAACCAUCGCGGCAUGUUAUCCCACCGAGUUCCUGACAUCGUACACGGCUGUCAUGGUCAGCGAGAAACCAUCGUCCAUCGUCCCCGCCAUGACCAACUUUGCGUGUCCAAAGAACUACUGCACUGCUCUGGCAUCUGCAAGGAACUAUGUCGUCUGCUGCCCUUCAGGAUUCCAAUUCCAUCCCCCAGAUUCCACCGUAGACUCCAGCCGCCCCUUCUACGGCGGAACCUGCUACAGCGACAUGACCUCCGGAAGCAGCUACCCAGUGGUCCGGUACAACACGGCCGGCGACACAGCCAGCACGCUCUUCCCAGCAACCGCCACCGACGUGCAAGCCUAUGCCCACCCUAUCGACGGUUUCGCCGCCACGUCCCCAACUGCCCUAGGCUGCUCACCAUCUUCCAAACCCGCAUCUUCCUCUCUCCAAAUCGACACCAGCAAGGACCCCGCGUCCUCCAACUCGGCAUCAUCAGCAUCCAGCGCCCCCUUUUCAACCGUUGUUCCACCAGCAUCCUCCGGAACAGCGCCAGGCGUCAUCGCAGGCGCAGUCGUCGGAUCCCUCCUCGGCCUCGCCGCUAUCGUCGGCCUCAUCUUCUUCGCUCUCGCCCGUCGCCGCAACAACGGUUCACCUCCCCCACCCCCGCCAAAACACGACGACUCGGCUUUCGGCAACGCCGGCUACGCCCACACCCAGCAACAAGCCGUCGCGGCGCGCCACGGUGGGAACCUCUCGGAAAUGGGCGCUGAUAUGGGGAGCUCGCCUUCGUCGCCGCAGUAUCCUGGAGGUACGUUUGCGGAUGAGAAGUUCGGUGGGGGAGUGUAUGCGCAUCGGUAUGUUGGCGUUAGCGAGUUGAACGAUGGGAGUGGGGUGCAUGGGGGUGCGGUCGAGAUGCCUGCGUAUCACCCUGUGGAGAUGGACGCUGGGGCUGUAAAAGGGGUUGGCAAGAGCGAGAAGAAAUAAGAGGGUCAUUGGAUUCCUCCUUGAUGGUGGGUCAUGGAGUGGGAGAAUUGGAAGCAUGGAUUCGGUCUAAUGUAUAGUCGUUUGAGUACGGUUCUGCAUUUCUUUCCAAGUGGUUAACAAUCUUGUUGGCUUUGGUUCGUUGUACUCUGCUUCGCUUGGAUUUGACCCCCCUUUUUUUACCCUUUCUUUCUAUAUGUUCAUUGUUUUAUACCUAUGUAGUCAUGUUUAUACCCACCUCAUCUACACACCACUAGCUAGCCAAUCAACCAUUCACACAUAUACAAACUCCCAACACUCAUGCAUUCACAUUGAAACCCCCCAAACAAAAAUCUAUUUCGUAAACCUCGAAAAGUCAUUAUUCUCCGCGCGUAAACCAUUCCAAAUCACACAAACAAUAGCGCCGUUCCAAAUGCUCAGUCAUCUUCGACAACACCAACUAUCGACUCCACUCUCGCUCCCAAAUCCGCCGUAGUUAUGCCUCUCCCCGCCAACCCAGCCCAACCAAACAAGGUAAACAAGAGCGAAGCCAGUACCCAGGGAUCCACCCUGUCGUGGCCCAGGGCAAGAAAAAAAAUCUCUGUGUUCCUUGACUCCCCGUUGGAUCU